UAUAUAUCAAUAAAACAAUGCGCUUAUCAUCCAGAAUCAGCGCCCUCUGCGCUCAAUAAAUUCUACACUCUUCUCGUAUCAGGGUGGGUACUGAUAAGGCAAAAUUAUGAGUCAGAGCAAGUUGUAAUGCUAUAACAGUUAUAAUAAUGGCAUAAUAGGCCACAAUUUUUGUGUAAAUUCAACUACAAACCACGCUAAAUGUAGACGUAAAAAUGUAUAAGUUUACACGUAGGUAUACACAAAGAUUUAUAUGUAUUAAAGAUAGUUUAUAAGAAAAGUCGCUUAAAUGGAAAUUAGACAUUCAACUGUGCAAUAAAUAUAAAUGGUUAAAUAUCAGAUGUAUAUUCAUAUACGUACUUAACAUAAACUUAGGAAUGCUCAUAUUAACUAUGUUUACCACGGCUAUUACACUUUUUACAUAAUUCGUAUUUGUAAAAGAGAAAAUUCUCUCUCAGUAUAACCUAAACCCUCGUUCCGGUUGAUUUUGUUUAUGCAAAAUGAAUUCGAAUUAAUUAAAACCGCCUAAAACGUUUGAAUAAACAGGUGCAUUGUUAGAACACUGCCAUAUGACCGGGUUGGAAAAAAUAGGCGCAGCCUAAACCCAACCUAACCUAAGUGUUUUUAUGUAAUUUUUUUAAGACGCAUACACUUAUAUAUACGAAAAAGGAAAGUUUAAAGGCUCUACUGUAUAUUCCCUUCUACGUUGAUAUUAUUCAGCAUAGAACUUUUCUCAGUUUGGGUACCCUUGCCUAUUAGCAUCCAAAAAACUAUCGGUGGUCUUGUUGAAACAAGACUUUUUCGUUAUGUAACAGAAUACCGUACUAUUUAAAAUCUGCUUUGCUUUUAGGAUGUUAGGUUUUAUUUUUUUCUGUAUAAUUGUUAUUAUAUUCUCCUAAUUAUAGUAAAUUUUCAUUUAUUGCAUUGUACUUUUAUGCAUUUUCCGUCUUUUUUAAAAUUCUGUACCCUUAUUUUUUUUAACCACCCACACCCCUAUCUUUAACCCUCAUCCCACGAAAUCCGGUUCUAUUAUUCUUCAUCAGCUAUUAAGGCUACCUUGUCGCCAUCUACUUUCCUGCUCUUUCUCACCCUUUUUUUUUCCUGUUUUAAAAAGGGCUUAGCUUCAAGUCCCUGUGAGCGGUGCCUAAUCAAAGAGAAUCGUAUUUUACAGAAAUCGUUUUUAAAAAAAAAAACACGAAAGAACAACAACAACAACAGUUUAUUGUUUCGUAUGUCAAAUAAAGAUGCACUAUACUUUAGGCCUCGGUAAUUUUAUAGCUUUUAUACAACAUAUAAGCUACAAAAUUUGUUCAUCUUCUCAAUUUUUCCAUCUAUAUAUAUUAAAAUUAAUAUUUAUUGAAUAGAAACUAUCUUGAAAGACGAAGAACAAAAAGUUUCCCUAGAUUUAGCAAUAAAAAUGAAUAAAUAGUCAUAAAGAUAAGUAGAAAACCUUAGAAGAUAUAGAGAUAGAGAGGCGGGGACAGAGAGAGAGAAAGAGAGAGAGAGAGAAGAGAGAAUCAAAUGAGAUACAGGGAGGCGAAUAAAACGAUAUAAAGAAAGAGGAAGGUUGAAAAAGAAAAGAAAGAAGAUAUCUUAAGAAAGAUACAAGUUAAAAAGAGUGGGAAAGAGACAAAGACAAGGGAAUCAAUUCCCUCAAUAUCGUAAAAAAAUAAAUAAACUCGAGUUAGCUCAGGAAUUUUAAAUAGGCUAAUAAGAGUAAUAUUUCCCAUAAAAUGGUAUGCAUAUUGAACAGAAACUGAUACGAGAAGAGAAUAGAGAAAUUUAUGAUGUUUUCUUUCAAAUCAGAAAAAAGUAUUUUACUAUAAGGUGGUAAAUGAUCUACAUCAUCUUUCGACAAUAAAAAAAAAUCAAUUUGACCAUAGAUAACCUGGAGAGAAGUAAAAAGAAAAGUAUAAACAGAAAGUUUAUUUUAACCGUCCAAUCUUAUUAAGAUUAAUGUAUAAUGUAAAACAAUUAUAAAAUCACUUGCUAUAUCUCUCGAUUUAUCGUAAAAGACUUUACCAGUCCCGUUUUUAAGUAUAGGAACCUUAUGGUCGGUUUUCACUUACCGCCCCGUACUCCUCUGGUUUCCUUUUUUUAUUGUAUCUUUUGACCUAAUGCUAGCCUUGUAAAUCAAUUACAUAGAAAUUAUUAACAAUUGUUCUAGAAAUUAGGUAGAACGACGUCAGUACCUUUUCUCAAACAAAUAAUAUAAAGAAAUAAAGUAGUAGAGUAAACCGAUAGGGGAAUACAAAAAUAUAUUUCUGCUAAACAAGUAACAGUGGUGCCAUCUAGUGAAUUAUGCCAGAGUUUUUCGGUGUUUGAAAGCAUUUAAUUCAUGCUAUUAAUAUAUUUUAAAAAUAGACAGGUACUCGACCGUAAAAUUACAUGUAUUUCCUUGUCGGUUGCUCAAUCCCUUUUGUCCAUGAGCCUACCAUUUUAGAACAUAUACAAUAGACAAAAUAUGGAACGUUGGAUGGGAAGAGUAGCUAUAAUUACAGGAGCUUCGUCUGGAAUCGGUCAGGCUAUUGCCAAGAAAUUAACAAUUGAAGGAAUGGUCGUUUUUGGAGUAGCCAGAAGUUUCAAUAAAUUAAAUGAGUUUGCUGACAAACUUGGCCAAGUUAAAGGAACCUUCAUACCUAUGCAGUGUGACGUUAGAAAAGAGGAUGACAUUUUAAAAGUUUUUGCAGAGAUCAAUGAUAAGUAUGGUGGAGUUGAUAUUCUCAUCAAUAAUGCAGGAAUAGCAAAACAGGGUAGCAUUUUGGAAGGUAAAAGAGAGAAUUGGAUGGAUAUGAUCGAGGUUAAUGUCGUAGCCUAUGCCGAUUUUUGUAGAGAGGCCUAUAAAUCCAUGAAAAAAAAGGGUAUUGACGACGGCCAUUUAAUUAAUAUUAGCAGCUUAAUUGGACAUAUUGUUUUUAACCUCCCUUCUUACCAUUUUUACGCUGCAACAAAGCACUCUGUAAAAGCACUGACGGAAGCAAUUAGGCAGGAAUUGCGUAACGCCAAUUCCCAUAUUAGAGCUAGCGCUGUCAGCUCUGGCAUGGUAGAAACUGAUUUUUUUAACUUAAUUCAUGGUAAAGAAGAAAGCAAACAGAUCUGUUCAUACUUCAAGUGUCUGCAACCCGAGGAUAUUGCGAAUACUGUUGUUCACAUUAUACAAGCUCCUCCUCAUGUCGAAGUUAGUAAUCUUUACAGAGAAAUAAUAAUGAAGAUAAAAGGAGUAUGUCAGCAUGAAUCCUGCAAACAAUCUUUACAAUGUCAAUUGGACUUUCUGGAUAGUAGAUCUAAUAGUUUGGAUGAGAAAGUUGGAGAAACGCUUAAUUGGAUCUUGAAAUGGAAAUGUCGAAAGACAAUAAGCAAUUUGGUUGACUUUUUAAUUGACAUGUUUACAUAUUCGGAAAUUGAUUGCAUCAAAGUUAAUGGUUACGUAAAGACUUAUGGAACAGAUGUUGGAAUUAGGAAUCACGAAUGGCUGAUGAUAAACGAUAAUGAGGACGAAAUAAUUGAUAUUAUACAAUUCGUUCAUUAUGGUGAAACCAGUUCACCUUUCGCUAAAAGAAGAGUGGAUGAGAGCUAUCUUUUUUAUUUCUGGGACGAAUCAGCUAACAUUCCAAAACACAUUUUCUCUAAUUUAGAGGAAUUUAAAAGUUCAUUAUAUAUAAAUCCUCUAGCGUAUAGUAUAUGCGGUUUAUAUUCGUCAACUGCUGAGUUUAAAGAUAUCAAAUCAGAAUAUGGCGUUACCGAGAUUAUAUUCAAUCGAAAGAAUCAAUUAAAUUCUCGUCCAGUUAGAUUUAGCGGGUCCUUAGGGAACAACGAAGAAGUACUAGAAAACGGCGAUAGGUUUAUAUUCAUCGAGCAAAUAAGCGGGUGUAUUCGAAUUCGUAUUAAUUUACCAAAAAAUGGAUAUUAUUCCUUCAAGCUUAACUUUCAAAUUGUAGAUGGAUAUGGUAGAUUGGGAGAUUCAAUUUUCGUUUGUUCCUACGAGAUUUUUUGCGAGAAUGUACGUUAUCAACCUCAGCCUUAUCCCUUUAAUGAAAAUUUCGAAUGGGGUUUAAUAUCAGUUAAUCAUGUCUGGAAUUUGGGUUUAAAAGGCGUUCUGGGAGGCAGAGUUAUCAGUAGAUACGGUGUAUUAAGAUUAGAAUUCCAGGCAGACAAUUUGGAAAAGGAGGAUGUUAAUUUCGAAUUACGAUCAAAUUUUGCAGAUAUCAAUCAUUUAAGGCAUUCGUAUGUUUGUUGGAUACAUGAAAAUUCAAUUAUUGUUAUUCAUAUUCGAUUUCCGCUCGGAGGAUACUAUGCUUUAGAUGUUCUAGUUAGAAAAAGAAAUAGCGACGAGGAGAGGAAACUUAUCGGCUCUUAUUUAUUAUGCGCUGAACAAGCUUGUUUAGAUAGGCGUUUAUUCCCAGUACUACCUUCUAAUUCAAUAGGCAUCAAAUUUUCGGAUAGGAAAUAUAUUAGAUUAACAAAUACCGAACCAUUAAUCCAUUUGAAAGAAUCUGUAGACGACAUGGAAUUAUUAAUUGAAAAAGAAAAAACAACGGAAGAGGGAAACGUCAGAGUCAAAUGGACAUUAUAUCAUGAUGAUGAUGCAGUUAUCGAUUAUGAAAAACCACACUUUGCCUUUUGGGAGAAGCGAUCAGAGCAUGAAUACGUUGUAAAGACUAAACCGGCAGUUGUUGGCAUAUAUUUAUUAUCGAUCGAUAUUGGUAAUUUUGCAAUUUAUGUUAUUGUUAUAUGCGAUUAUCCUGCAAAAAACUUAUACCCCUUUCCUAGUAUAUUAAAUCAAACAGAAUGGCAAAGAUCCUCUGUACGUCUAGUUGAACCAUUAAGGGGCUUGAUCUGUAAGAACUCGAUAAGUAAAUUUUCUAUAAAGCUUCAAGAAAAUUGCCAACAUAGGGCAAACGUUGCAAUGUACGAUAAUGGAAUAAAGAAAUAUUCUUAUGGAAUGAAACGUAGAGGAGACAUAAAUAGUUCAGAACCUUUCAUAUUCUCCCACUUUUCGAGUGCUGUUAUAAGUUUAAACAAUAUUGCAUUACUAGAAUUCGAGAUUGUUGAUGAAGACUUUUAUGAGAGUAUUAAUGAUUGGCUUUCCCUCGAAUACGACAGAGCCGAAAAAUUCCAAAGCGACCUUAAAUAUCAUGCAUAUGUAUCUCUAAUGGCAGAAAAUAGUCCAACCCCUGAUACGUUAAAAAAAACGUCAUCGGCUAGCGUACGAAAAUCACUGUCCCCUCUUGUUGAAACUCCUUUUUCCGAGUCAUCUACACCGGAUCGAUUUGAAUCGCCAAAAGCAGUAUCUAGAAAGAAUAGUAACUCUUCUGUUUCCUCUUCAGGCGAUGAGCGCCUUAGAAAGUCAAGUCCUCAGCCUAUUUAUAGAAGUUUUUCCAUUCAAACUUAUCAUUCUCUACAAACGGAAUUAAAGUCUUUGGUUACGGAGUUCUCAGAAAGAAGUCCGACACUCAAGAAUGAAGAUGAUACAUCAACAUUAGUUGGAUCUGAAAAUGAAGACGAAACGACGGAGGUAAUUGAUAUAGGAGAAAGGAUUGACUCUAAAGAAAGGGAACGAACUGAUAUUAAAGAUAACGUAGAAUAUGAUAAAGUAAGUAAUGCUGGGAGAGAACGUGUAGACAAAAUGAAUGAAGUUAUUACAACUAAAGAAGGAGAAGAAGAAUUAAAGGCAAAAUCUGAGCUCGAAGAUGAAAAUAAAGAGAACGAAGAGGAAGAAACAAAGGAAAUAGACGACGAAGAAAAAAGUAACGAAGGAAAGGAUGACGAAGAAUUAGAAGAUGAAGAAGGAAGCAUCCUAGAAACAAGGUCAAUACAUACGAAUAGUCGAAUUUAUCCCACAUCGGAUUCGCAUUAUUAUGCAACAAGCCGAUCUAAUAGUCGUACAACUGAGUUAAUUGACAUGGUUACGAAGGAAAAUACACACAAAUUUGAGGCUGAUGUUGGAGGCAAGCAAAAAGAACAAUUGAAUGCAGUAGAUUCAAGAGGCGAUGAGGACGAAGAAGAAGAAGAAUUUGAAGAAAGCUGGGAAGAAGAGGGAGAAGAGGAAGAAAACGAUGAGGAAGAAGAAAAUUGGCCGGGAAGUUCGCCUAGUAAUUACGUCACUGAUGAUAGUCUCUCUUCCUCUUGCCAAUUAAUGUUGGACAGUUUGAGUAACCAUAGCGCAACUGAGGACUCAAAAGUAACGACCUCCGACGUUUCUCUAGCAGUAUGUCAAAAUCGUAGUAGUGUAUCAUCAAACGAGUCUUCAAACUAUAGUAAGAAUGGCGAGAAUUGCGUACCUAGAGAGGAUAUAAUAGAAGCAAGAGCAGAUUUGGAGUAUUUUACAAGUAUAUUGAAUGCUAAGGGUUUGAAACAGGUUUUAAAAGUACUUGAUUUAAGGCCAAAGUUGAAAUAUCAUUUGAGAAAGGAUUAUAAGAAGGCUGAAGAAUUGAUAAAGGACUUGGACGAAUAUGAAAUUACUGUCCAUAGGGUUCUUAAACUGAACAAUAAUUCUGUUGCUGAAUUGAUCAGCUAUAGAAAGCCAUCUCCAAUUAUUCACAGAAUCCUACAAGCCGUAUUACUAGUUUUCGGUUUUCCCGAGAGGAAAACAAGGGAUUUCGUCAAAGUAAAGAAACUUUUAAAGCAGCAGAACCUACUCAAGAGGAUUCACGACACGAAACCGGAAAUGAUUGAAACUUCGUUGGCACAGGAGGCCCAUCAACUUAUCACAGAUAUAGACAUGGACGAAGUAAAAGAUAAAAGCGCCGCAGCAGCAGCUAUUUUUAAAUGGGUAAGUUAUAAUUUAUUCAUAGAAUUCGCUUAA